ACAUGAUUGACGAUUUAUUAUUUUUUGGUGGAAUUAAAUUUAAAUGAAUUUUUCACCUUGAGUUAAGGAUUAAUGCGAUCUGCUGUUGACGCCUGUGUUUGCCUGUGACUACCCUGGAACAACUUUUUCUUCUGAUCAUUUCAACAACUGAGGAAAAUGACUGAUUCCUUAGACAUGAAGGCGCCUAAUAUGGCAAACACACCAGGCUCUGGGGCACAGGAGAUUAUAGUAUCCAAUGGACACACUGAAAGUGAGCCUAAUCCUUUUGCUGAGUACAUGUGGAUGGAGCAUGAAGAAGAAUACAACAGACAGGUAGAAGAGGAAUUAUGGGAGGAGGAAUUCUUGGAGCGUUGUUUUCAGGAGAUGCUGGAUGAGGAGGACCAAGAAUGGUUCAUUCCAGAGCGGGAUUUGCCAGGCAUCAACCAGAUGCAGCAACAAAUGAAUGGACUGUCCAUAAAUGACAGCAGCAAGACAGAGGAACUCGUGAGUAAAAGUACUCUGAAUCCUGACGCCAAGGAAUUUGUUCCUGGAGUGAAGUAUUGAAAUUCUGAGAUUCUGCAGGCAGCCCUCUGCUGGAGGAAGCAACAAAAAAAAAUACAAUCUCUGAACACUGUGAAGCAAGUCACUUUUUAGGAGGGCCUAUUUGUUAUAGAUGCUAUUGGAUUACCUACCCUCUAUCCCUUCCCAACCGAAGACCUGUUUUAGAUUUACUGUUUUGUUUUUUGGCUUGGUUCGGCUUUAUUGCAAAAACAGCUUGGUCCUUUCACACUUUCUGGUACGUGCAAGGCCAAGUCGGCAUGCUCUUACUGGUGUACGGUAUUCCGUCUGCCACGUAUCACAGUGGGUCUGUUACUCAAAACGACUGGUUUAAUGGCUUGGUGAGUGGGGAAGGAGGUGAAUUGAACGCAAUGCCAGAAGUUGCUCAGUUUAGGGUACUUCGUUAUCUUCUGGAAGAUGAAUUUAAAGUGACAGUAUCCUUUUUUUAAAAAUAUAAUUAAAAAUUGGCUUAAGCGAAAUAACAAAAGCACUUUGCCAAAAGAAAUUGAUUCUAAAAGAAUUGAAAAAUUACCAACUGCUGGAAACACACACACGCACACACCCUUUGGUUAUUUUACUGCCUGAUCAUAAACUUUCCCCUUUUCCCUUAUCUGAGAGCCUUACAAAAGGCAGAGAUGUAGAACAGCUAUACAGCAUACAGUAUUACCACUGCCAUUACAUGUAGUCAAUUUUAUGGUCUAACCGAAUUUCUUUCUAAAAUAACAUUGAAACUAGCAGUAAAGGGAACUUGCUGUAGAAGCUAAAUAUGUUACAAUGCACAUUGUAAGAUUUAUAAAUGCAGUAUAUGUAACUUUUUGGGGUUUUUUUUUCCAAAAUGCAGCCCAAAUGGGCGAAAAGCAAAGCAAAAGGGAUGCUGUUUGUUAGAAUGAGUUUGUGUGGGGAAAUCCUUUACUGACUGAAAAUUGGGUUGCGCUUUUCACGGCGGGAGAGGAAGGUGGGCCAUGACAAAAAAAAAUUUCCCAAACUACAGAGUCCACAAGUGCUCGGCAAAGAGCUUUGCGUGCAGCAAAUACCAGACAUGGGAAUCCAGCUCUCUCAAGUUUUCAGAAACAUCAUUGCUUGUGUCUGCCUUAAUGGUGAAAAUGGCAUCGCUGUUGCAGCCUCUCUCGCACUUUCUAUCUCCCUGGGAAGAUGAUGCUCCUUCAAGGCUCGGAUUUGUUUUUCUUUUCUGAUCUCAAGGACAAGUGAGUGCAAAAAAAAAACAGUACUGGAAAGUAGAUUUUAUUAUAAGAAAACAAUAAGGUACUUGGCUACUCUUCUAAAGCUUUGGUCAGUGGAAAGUCAGGAAGGUCAAAGGUUGAAUGUGGAUUUUUAAAAAGAUCAUGAGUAAAUUCUUUGGGUGAUGGGGAUGUGUAGGUUCAGGACCUGAUGGUAUAAAAGUGGUUUGGCAGAUGCCCUUAUUUAAGUAGGGUUAACACUUUUGUUUUGCACAUUGUGUUUCAGUGGGAGGGAAUUGAAUUGGGUCUUAAGUUGUGAAUCUCACCUUAUUCUUUAAUUUUGCUUAAAGGUCUCAUAAUUCAUCACAAGGCACAGAAUUAAGUGUUGGGGGAGGGAAUUAAUUUCCAAUUUGAUGGAAAAAAAUAAAGAUCUGAUGCCUAAUUUCUUUUGUGAAAGCUUUAGUUAAUCUAAUACAAAAUCUGUUGUGGGGAGGGGUGGGGGAGCAACCUUAGUCUUCACUCUGCAGUGCUUUGGUCAUUGAUAUCUGUAUUCUAGUGCUGGGGAGAUGCUCUCCAGUGGGUGUAAGUGGUUUCUGAAGUAUUGACAUUUUUCUAUGAAUUUGACAGUUUUGAGCUCGUUAGACUUCCACUUCUCCAAACCACCUGCCCUUAAAACCGUGCAAGUCCUGAACAAGUGGGGAUUUUCAACCCCACGCUACUCAUUUUCAGAUAUUGAAGUUGCUGUAUUUCUUCCUGAACCUUGUGUCAGCUUAUAUUAACAAAAAUCUGUUUUAUUGCUAAUAAUUUAAACCUAGUUUACCCGAUUGAAAGUGUUCCAAAAUAUUUUUCUUGUACCAAUUUCCUGUUUCACUCAACUGAUCCCACAAACGUCGAUUAGCUCUUUUUUGUGGCUAUAUAGUGAUGAGAACAGUUCCAAUCUCUAGAACGAGAUCACUACUGAGAUGCUUUGGCAAUUUCCAUGAUAAUUGAUUGCAUACUAACAGUCCUUUACUCUCUCAUCUCUCUGACCCACUCUGUGGUUCUAAAUUUACAAAGAUAGUGGAAAUUCCAUUAUAGUUGCAUUAAUAAAUGAGGAACUCAUUUUACAUGCUGUUAUGCAGAACACCUGAUUGUGGCCUGAAGCAUCAGUUUAUAGCUCCCUCAAUGCCCGAGUUACACUUCAUACUGUCAUUAAAGAAUCUUACAUAUAAGCUUCUGCAUAAUGUAUCCUGUCAUGUAAUACUUCAUUAGAAACUAACUCUCCUUUAUACAUUUUAUAAACUAGAUGGAUGAUAUUGUAUCGUUCUGACAAUCAGCUCUUGACCUUUUCAGCUGAAACAAUUUUAAGAUAUUGGGUCUGUUUCAAGGUGACACGUUUUUUUUCCCCUGGUGUCCCAUCACACAUGCAGUUUUGGCUGGCUUUGCUCAAGGUGGAUUGACAUUUGGAAGAAAGAAAUAUUCCAUUUUUGCCAUCCUGUGUCAGCAUUAAGCACUUCUGGAUUGGUUCUAAUGUGGGUCAAAUGGUUCCCCUCUGCACUUUGCUUCAUUAGAACAACACUUGCACAUGCUUUCCACCAAGCUGACAUUCCCCUUCUGCAAACUUCUUGUGGCUUCUCUGAGUGAAGUACCAGUUGCUGCUGAACUGUGGUCACUUUUGUACUGCAUGAACGCCCAGCAGAUAAUUCCUUUUGUCUGGAUCUGGAACUUCAAUUCCAUCAAUCUGGAGGAUUGAAAGCUACAUUCUGGGGGUGAAUAAUGAGUUUGGUCUCUUGUUGACCCAGUAAUUAAAGGCACUGCCCCAUUUGUGAAAUAAUACAGACCAGGACCAGGAGGCCCUUGAUUCAAUCCUCGAUGUGUAACAAGUAAAGCUGAUCACAGCAGAGGAAGCAGCAAUGGAUAUUUUAUUAUUGGAUCUGCACCCUGGACUAAAGAAAAGAAAGUAAUAUAGGAUCUAUCUUCUUAUCAAUGUCCAGUCUUGAUGGAAAAGUGCACAUAUUUGAAUGGUUAGCUGAAGCCUGAUCAGGUUCAGUUGUGACCUCCAGUUGAAUCCUCUGCUUCUGAGUGUUGUUUCUGGGGAAUAGUCACUUUUGAGGGACUUUGGGGUUGCCAGCACUGACAGACCAUAUUUGAGCAUAAGUUGGUGCCUUCAGGAGGAAAGGUGGUUAAAAUUUGAAUAGGAUGAUGAGGGUGUUUAGGAGGGGAAAGUUCUGAUAUGAGAACUCAUCCCCUAGUUGGAAAAUUCUCCAUUUUAAUAUCUUUUUAAAAGUAACGUCAAAAUAACUUUUGGGUUUUUUCCUGAAACUGUUAAUUUUAGUAAUUACUGCUUUAUUUCACCCUGCCGACCAGCCUGCCCAAAAGGAGAAAAAUGGUAUGCUGCUGAUGUUUCUCCUGUUCUGGUAUGUUCCACCAUAUUGCCACAAUCGUAAACUUCCAGGGAAAAAAGCUCAUCACAGUGCAUUGUCUGAAUUUUAGUAUUGAAGCAGCUGAGAGAAGAAUUUCUGCUGCUUUAAUAGCAUUGCAGGAAGGCAGGGUACUACAUUCUAUGUUAGUGUAUGUCGCAUUUAAAAUAAUGUGUGGCAACUAUCUUGCCUCCUCCACCCAACUCCCCCAUCUUGAAUCUUUAACUAGACUAUAAAUUGAAAAUUGUUUCAAAACUCCUGUGCAGUAAUAACUGGGAAUUAGAGCAUCAAGAUGAAUGAAACAAACCCAUCUAGGGACUUGAGUAUCUUUUCUGAUUAGAAGAAAGGUGUAAUUUGGCCAUAUGUUAAGUCUGAGGAGAUCUCUAGCUAUUAAAGCUGCUCCUUUUUUAAAAAAAAAUAAUUCUGGUAGUCAUCCAAAACAUUGUUAAUGCCACCAUAGAAUUGAACUUUAGCCGGGUUUAUUUGGGUGCAUUAGGUUCUUGUGGCUAUUUGGCAAAUUGGCAGGUGUUUCUCCCUCUCUUACCCCCUUCCCCACUUCCCUCACUUCACCCCUUCAUAGCUGUCUAUUGAAUAUCUGUGGAGUAACGAGGAUUUGCCUCAAAGUGCAGCUUGUACCUCAUAUUGACUACAUUUCCCCAUCACCCAGUUUCACACCUAGCUGUUUCAAGAUGUAACCAGACCCUUCAGAUUGUGGGAUUUGUGUAUGCUUGCAUUCGUUAGCUUUUGUACACUUCCUAUUUAUGCCCACGUUUUGAAACUAGAAGCAAAUUAAUGCUCCAAUGUAAAUACCCUGUCCCAUCAUGCACUUAACCUUUCAUUUUCUCUCAAAUUUCAGGGGGAAAGAGGGGGAGGUAUUUUUGGUUUUGAGACCCAUGCAUUUCAAAAUUUGUGUUUUUUAAAUUGCAAAUAGGAUGUGUGUAACCCCCUGUGCUUUCAUCAGUCUUUCACAAUUCGAUGGUACAUUGCAUUGUGGAUAAAAGUUCCUGGUCAGCUCUAUGGUUCAUGUACAUCACUGCUGACUAUUUUGUUUACUACUUGCAUGCACAGGAGGAGCUGGUGCUUUAGAACAGGUCAGCAUGUGAGGGAGAGCUGAUGUUUUAAUGGUGUAAAGAUCUGUACACCAGAUUUGCUUUUUAAAUUAUGCAGGAAAAAAAUUGAGGACUAAAUUUGGUUGUUUUAUGUGCUGCCAUUAUCCUGGCUGCUCCAUACAUUCUAGAUGUAUUUGUGUGCAUAAAUUCAGCAUUUUCCAUCAAGAUUUGCCUGUAUGUGGGGAAGUAAAAACAGCAAACUAAAAUGCUAGACUUGUCAGGGCAGUUUGAAGUUCUGGGCUCUUUAAGUCCCAGCUGUUCAUUUCUAAGCUUGCUGUGUAAAUUGAAUAGUUGGCAUUGGUGCUAGAACUCUGGUCCCUUUCCCAUUUGUGUUAGCUUGCUACCUAAAUUUUAUUUUAAAUUUGCAUUUCACUUGGUACCAUACGCACUUGAGAUAUUGAGCAAUGCUGGAGGACCACAUUUGGAAAACCUCCAACUUUGCAUCUGGAGAAUAAUUACAACAUUUCUGACUUAACAGUAGUGAGUGCAUUUCCAAAAUAUUGUGUUGACAUUUUGGGACAUCUUGCGGUCAUGAAAAGCACCAUAAAAAACAUUUCUUUC